CAUUCUCGAUCGUUGUGUGUUGUGGUCGUCCAGAGGCUAACCACGCGUGUUCUAAAUAAUCAAGAAUUAGCUAACGAUAUUAAUGUAUUCACAUUAGUAAUAGAAUAAUAUUUAAUUUGUUUUAAAAGUGGUUUGAAAUGGCUCAACAAAAUGGAGAUAGCAAGAAACUUGAUAUUGUAGUGGUCGGCGGAGGGUUGGUAGGAUCUCUAGAAGCUUUGUAUUUGGCGAAGAGAGGGCAUCGCGUUCGAAUUUAUGAGUACCGAGAAGAUAUCCGAACAACGCCGCAAGUCCGUGGUAGAUCGAUCAACUUAGCGCUGUCGGUGCGCGGGCGCCGAGCGUUGAAGGACGUCGGGUUGGAAGACCAUGUCAUCAACCAUCACGGUAUCCCCAUGCAGGGCCGUAGGAUCCACAGACUUGAUGGCACCACGUACGUUAUACCCUAUGAUGCCAGAACUAAUCAGUGCAUCUACUCAGUGGGUCGGAAUUACCUGAACAGUCAACUACUAAAAGAGUCCGAGAAUUACCACAAUGUGCAGAAACACUUCAACCAUAAGUUGAUUGAGGCAAACCUGAAUAAAGGGUCGUUGACUUUCCAAAAAACAGACACGAAGGAGACCAUCCCAGUGACAGCAGAUCUGAUUAUUGGGGCGGACGGUGCGUUCUCUGCUGUCCGCAGAGCCAUGAUGAAGCAGCCACUCUUCGACUACAGCCAGCAGUACAUAGAACAUGGGUACUUGGAGCUUUGCAUACCAGCUGAUGAACAUGGAGGAUUUCAGAUGCCUGCUAACUACCUUCACAUUUGGCCUCGAGGAGAAUUCAUGAUGAUCGCUCUACCCAACCAGGACUGUUCCUGGACUGUCACACUCUUCAUGCCGUUCACCAAUUUCAAGAUGAUUUACAGUGAGGAGAAUCUCUUAGAAUUUUUCGAAAAGUAUUUUCCUGAUGCCAUACCGCUGAUCGGUAAAGAUAAGUUGGUGCAAGACUUCUUCGCUGGUAAACCAUUGCCGUUGGUUGCUGUUAAGUGUCGUCCAUAUCAUGUAUCAGACAAAGCCCUGAUCAUUGGAGACGCGGCCCACGCCGUGGUUCCGUUCUACGGUCAAGGUAUGAACGCGGGCUUCGAAGACUGCACGAUCCUCGAUCAGCUGUUCCAAAAACACCAGGAAAACUUACGAGCCAUUCUGGAAGAGUUCUCCCUGACCAGAUGGGAAGAUACAUUCGCUAUCAGCGAUCUGGCUAUGUAUAAUUAUAUCGAGAUGCGUGACCUGGUUACUCGGCCGUCCUAUAGGCUUCGCAAGGCGGUGGAUGACAUGAUAUUCUGGCUGUUUCCCAGUUUAUGGGUGCCGUUGUAUAAUUCUGUCACUUUCACCACCAUGCCCUACAGUCGGUGCGUUGAAAAUAGGCAGUGGCAAAAUAAGGUACUUUUAUAUUCGUUUAUUUUCGUGGGUAUCUUAACAGCAUUCGGGGCUUUUUUAAGGCAGUGAAGAAGUAGCAUACCAACCUAGCUUUUAUUAUAAUAGUUGUUUAGGUAUCUAUUGUAAUGAAUAAUACUUACCUAUUAUUUUUUAAAUUAAUGUUCGGUUAUGAUAAUUUAUAAUAACUAUAAUAUUCUUAUAAGAUUUAAUUAAUACAAGCUAAUUAUUAGCAUUUUAAUGUCUUAAUUAUAAUAAAUAUACUUAUAUAUGAUGAUAAUA